CGACAAUUUUCAAUGACAUCUAUUAACCACUAGCCGGACUGUACACUUAUUUGACAUCAUGUUCUUGAACUGUAUACUCAUAGAUUGUAAUACAUUCAGUCAUGCUUAUCAUGAAACCCCGCUUCUUUUUAACUAAGCAUUGUUUGUAUAUGAUAUAAUCGUUCUCCUUUCUAUUUUUUUUUUCUCUCCUCAUUUUAUUCGCCUGGAUAAUAAAAUCGUUUCCCCCUUCUUUUUCUUUGGUUCUAUACCCAAACAAGUUUCUAUGUCAACACAAUCUUCUUUUCAACGAAAUUCUGUUCAUGAGCGUUUCUCUUCUUUAUUGAAUCCCGAAGGAUAUCCAUCUUCAUCUGGUCCAACAUCGUCUACGAGUCUAAACUUGUCUCCUGAUAUACCACUCGGAUAUAACACACCUUUUAGAAAUCUAUCUCAAGAUACACUUCGUCAUCAAAGACCUGUUUCUGAAAUUAUCAAACACGAUAGUUUUAUUUCGCCCGAAGCUGAAGUCUUGGAUAAAUGGUAUCAAGACUUACAAGAAUAUGAAAGCAGCCUAGAAUCCAUGGCAUCUGCCAGUCUAGAUCCUAAAUACAAGGAAGAAGUGCAGCAUGUGGAUCAAUGGUUUCGGUAUUUGAAUGAAGCAGAACGUACAGCUACCAUUUACACACUUCUUCAACACUCUACACAAGUUCAAAUUCGAUUUUUUAUGGCUGUACUGCAACAGAUGGACAAGAAGGAUCCAUUGGCUGCACUUUUAUCACCUGCACAUCCUGAGAAAGAUAUGCAAGCACAAUUAGCAGGCGCAUUUAAAAAGGCAGAAAUGGAAGCAAGUCAGAAAUUAUUAUCUGUCUUGCCCUAUCAAACAGGACAAGUCACAAGUAGACCCAAUGCUGGUUCCAUAGGCAGAAGAAAUCCUAUUGAUAGACACUCGUUUGCAUUGGGCGAUACAGAAGAAUACGAUCGUCUCUUUUCAUCAGACUAUUUAAGGAACAGUCUUCAUGAACAACAGCGGUUUACUCAUACGUUUGAUCCUAUGCAUGGUCGACCCAAAUCUGUGGCUGAAGAUGACUUGUCUUCUAUCUUUGAUUGGCCUUAUGGUCAGCCCAAUCUUCAUCCUAGACCAGGCAGUGUAGGCGCCAAUCGACCUAAAUCAGCUGAUAUUUCAAACUGGUCAUUUGGCUUGACUUCUUCAAAAAGUGCUCAUGACAAAGAUCAUUUGUCUUCUCCUUGGACAGGCAUGUCGCCUUCCUUCAAUGAGCAAACCAUACACAAUGAUGUUGAUCAACAGCUAUCCAUGCUCAACAACUGGUCUCUAAACAAUACUCGACCUGGCAUGUUGAAUGAUGACACCAAGGGAUUUAGACGACGCACAAUGAACAGAACCAGUAUUCCAGGUACUGUACCUGAGACAGAUGAACGUGCAUUGAAGCAAGUUAUGCAGUCUCCCCCACACACCAAUAUUGUACUCUCCAUGUAUGAUGAUAAUCAGCCUGUAUCAUCUACCUUGUUGACACAUACCAUGCCGCAUUAUCACCCUAUCCAGUCACCUCACACAUCCCGUCCUACAUCUCGGUCAACUUCACCUGUGCCUUCUCAGUCCAAUUCAAUGAUCAACAUAAAAGCAAACUAUGGUCAUUUCUUAAACCCUCAUGAUACAGACAACGGGUAUGUGAGUGAUCAUAGCGAGACAUCACAAAGUGGUAAAUCAAAGAAGAAAACUGCUAAUCGACAUGGAAAUACCAAUGGCAAAGAAAAGAAGACCAUGGAUGGUGUGGAUAUGAAAUUAUUAGAAGAUGUGCCUACAUGGUUAAGAAGUCUUCGGUUACAUAAAUACAAUCCUAUUUUUGAAACAAUGAAAUGGCAAGACAUGCUCAAGAUGGACGAUGAAGCCCUAUUGAAGCAAGGCGUAGCUGCUUUAGGCGCUAGACGCAAGUUACUUAAAGUGUUUGAUCAAGUCAAGGCACAUUGUGAAGAGAAUAACAUUGCCUAUUAG